CAGUGGAUCACCGAUCAUGGAAAGAGCCGAAGAUGUCGGCUCGGUCAUGUGAUCAGCUGUGUCCAAUCACAGCUGAUCACAUGGCACUGAUGAUCAGUGUGGCCCCAGAAGUGCCACCUGUCAGUGUCCAUCAGUGCCAGCAGUCAGUACUCAUCAGUGCCUCGUGCCAGUGCCACAUCAGUGCCUACCAGUGCACAUCAAUGCCACAUAUCAGUGCCCAUCUGAGCUGCCUUUCAGUGUCACCCAUCAGUGCCACCUAUCAGUGCCAUGUAUCAGUGCUGCCUUUCAGUGCCCAUCAGUGAUGCCUGUCAAUGCUCAUCAGUGCCACCUAUCAGUGCCCAUCA